ACUGGAGAAGUCCACUGGCAAAACACCAAGCUCUCUGAUUGUCCUAGUCCCGUUCCUAGUCCCCAUUCCUAGUCCUGGCCCCGCGGCUCGAGGGACUAGCAAAACCAGCGCAAAACGGGAGAUAAGCGGGAUUGUGUCUUGAAAUUAUAAUCCCCUUUGUUCUCGGGGCGAUUUUAGAACGUCAACAACAACAACAACAACAGCAACAACAGCAACGGAUAACAGGGACUUUCCCAUUGAGAAACUCACCAAUACUCGAGCCAUUCGCCACAGAGAGCAGGUCCUCAAUAAGCAAAUGUCACAGCUAUCGCCAAAGACUUCGCCUGAUUCGCUAGGCCCAACGUCCCCGUUCUCGACCUCGACCGAGAACGUGUCAUCCUCCUCCGUGUCCCGCCAGGGCUCGACGACGACGUCGCCAGCCCUCAUCACACAGGCCACGUAUAAGAAGCCUACGCAGAAGCACGUCACCGAGCUCUCGACGUCCAGUGCGGAGGGUAUUGCCGUGGCCAACCAGGUCACGCCGGAGAGGUUGGCACGGUUGCUGAUGGUUACCGGGCCUCUCGCCAUUCGUCACAUCACGUCCAACCUAAGUAAUCAGAUCCUGGGCUUUGAUAAGCUCUCGCUGUCAAAGCAGAGACGGUUGAUCAUGAGCUGUUUGAACCAAGGGUUUGAGUCUGAGUCCAUCAUCUUUGAGAAGAUUGGCUGGGGACAGUGGAGAGCCAAGCAGGUUGCGCCCGAGAGCUUUGUGAAAGAGCGCAACGCUGUUAGAAUUGCAAACGCCAAAGUCAAAGAGAACGACACUGGCGUGGCGGGUCCAUCCAUCUCAGCAGCAGCGAGUGCGAGAAGGGAAUCCAUCACUAAGAACAAGUACGAGUUGGACAGCCAUAAUAAGCUACUCAACACGCGUAAGAGAAGAGUUGGGCUACAGCAACAUCACCAGCAGCAGCAACAGGGUUCUAUGGAUGACUACGCGAUUGCGUCGGACGACGACGAUGACGACCUCAGCGACUAUCGCUCACACGACGACGACGAUGAGAACGUCUUCAAAUUUGACGAUGACGAGAUUCCACCUCUGAAGUUGAACCCAAGGUUGGUUUCACCACCAACGGGCCAACAGUCACGCAAGUCCUCUGUUUCAAGGGUGCAGAAACCGAAGUUCAAACCUCACAGAUCAAAUUCCCAGACACCAACUUCGCCAGAGCUCUUGUACUAUCAGCCUUCUUCAACUACAAGUGUUAUUAACGUUUCAGGACACCCAGGACAUCGUAAGAGUGCCACGCUGAGAACAAGAAGACACAGCUCGAUACGGUCAACGCUGUCGCAGAGUAACGGUCAAGGCGAGGAAGACGCCUUAGAGGACUCCGAAACAGAUGAAGAGGAUUGGGCAACCAUUGGUGCUCUACAACUCUUGAAGCGUGAAAAGGGUAACAUCCAAUCACUGUUGAAACCUGAGGAACAAGACGCUGCAUUUGCUCUCGUCAAUUUGAGAUCCGUAUGACAUAUUCUCUUUAUUAUCAACUCCCUGUAUAGUAUAACUUUCAAUGCAUCAGUUAUUCAACC